AGACCAGGACUGGGGGCGUUAAAACACCUCCGAAAUGAUCGCAUCGAUGAGCGUGCACAGGACAGUCAGGACUUCUGUGCUCGUCGCGCCUCGUGAGGACAUCAAGGUCAUUGACCAUGGCUGCUCCUGGUCAGUUUCCAUCGCGUUCCGUGGUGUGCGAUUUGGAAAUUUUUGACGAAAAAUGUUCUUUUGCUACAAUCCCAUGAUACACCAGUGAUCGGUGUCACAGCAUCUUGCCUUCUCUUUUUGCAUAAUGGACCAUACCACUACGAUGCAACACUCGCUUGAUGGAGCGUCAUCGCGAGCGUCAAGGCUCGUGAUUCAGUGCAUGCCAAUGUGAGAUGACCAAUAAUGAUUGAACAACCAUAUCUUCUCCGCUCGUUCGUCAAAUAAACUUGUACAAGGAUGGUGUGGUAGUCGUAGCAGUACCAUCGCUCGGCAGAACUGUCCAGGAUGUCAGAAAGGCAUAAUCUGUGGGACCGAGUUUACGAUAUAGCCUGCCAUUUUCUGGCAUCCGAGCUUGAAGCUCAGUUAUGCAACAGAACUGUCACGCUGGUCGCAUCGAUCUCAUGCACUACUCUUGUGAAAAGCCAGUCCCUGGAGGGGGC